CAGCGGGGCCGGGGCGGGAGCGGCUGCUCGCCCGCCCGGCCUGGGACCUGCGGGACGGCGCGGGAUGAGCAGAUACCAGUUGGUAAGAUAGGAGAGGGAGCAUUUUCUGAUGUCCUGCAGACACUGAGUCUUAGGAAUGGAAAGUACUAUGCAUGUAAACACAGGAAGCAACAUUUUGAAAGGGUUCAUGAGGCACUAAUCCGGUCUGGCCUGGCACUCUCUUCAUCCUAUGGCAGUUUUCUUGGAUCUGAUGAGCUGGAACAAAUUUCAAAAAUCCACAUUAUAGGCACUCUUGCUAAAACAACUCUCAAGAAGUUCAAGCACAUUCUCUUAGGAAAGUCCAGGAAAAAAAAACACAAACAACAAAACAAAAUGGAUCUCCUCUUGGAGAUUUCCCAAAAUGAAAUUCUUCUGGAGUAGCCAAAUUGACUUCCUGUUCUACUCCUACACUGCACUCAGUUUUCUGGGCACCUAAGGAAAGCGGUGGAAACCCUGUGUUCCAGUCUGUUAAAUUUAUUGGAUCAGACAUUGAGGUGUAGACUCUCACUCGCCCAUUGAAGCGUAUUUCAAACUUCUGUUGCUUCCUCAACAGUCUGAGAAACAGAAGGCAUUUAAGCCUUCCCUGAAACAUUUCCACUAAAGCCUGCUUUAGAAGGAAGAGUGAGGAAAAGCACUGCUGUGCAGUGAAGACAGAUCCAGUCGUGCUUCUGCUGUUAAAGAUCUAACAAGAACAGCAGUGCCUGGUUUUUUGUUGCUCUGACAAUUUGUAGGAAAACCUCACAAGGUUUGAGGGCUGCUCUCCUAUCAUUUAGAUAUUCUGUUCCUGAAGUGGGUCAAUAUUUAAUUAAAGCAUUGUUCUGGCAGAGCACAGAGCAUUCUGCAUUUAACUUCCUAAGUAUUUGUUCCUUUUAGAACCUGGUGGAGGAGGAGGUUGGUUAAAAAUAACAUGAAAAGGGUUCUUUGAGCUCAAGUAUUAGGAAUGGAAUGUUAUCUACAGAAUGUAAGUUUUCAAAUUACAUUACCAAUGUCAGCAAACUGCUGUACUUUUCUUAGAUUUAAAUUUUAUUUCUUUUUUUGUCAGCUCUGGAAAUUAUUCUCCUCCUCUAUUCAGCAACUUCCAACUCAGAUUUUACAGAGAUUGUGCAGAUUGUGCAAUCAUAUGAGAUACUUGGUUUUGAUGCAGUUUCUGUAACUGAUGAAUAUUUUUAUGUAACUGUAAGCUAGCUAAAAGCUAAACCAGCUUUUUAUCUGAUUCAAAAGCAAGUAAAAUUUAGUCAUAGUUUGCUUCAAGCCAUUGAUCUGAACUUUAAUCAGAAGUCUUAAGAGGGACUGAUAUUGCAGCCAGUGGCUUAAAAGCACAGUGAAUGCAUGUAGCUCAUCAUACUUCAGAAAUUUUGCACACAGAUCAUCAGUAACAAUUUAAUAGAAUGUUAGUUUCCUGUUGCUAUAAAAGGUAAGAGUUAAAGGGCAACAUCCUUAUCUUACUUGGAAAGAAUUGUUAUUCCAGCUUGAUACCAUUGAUUUUAAAACUCCUGAGAUCUAAAAAUUUGCAUUAAUUAAUUUGCAAUACUUCAGUUUGGUGAUGUGUUCCAGAACAGUUUUGUUAUUUAGAAAACAAGAGUCUGUGCAAGUCAUACUCAGCUGGGGGGUUAAAAAUCUUCUGCCUACCAAGUGUUUAUGGAGGACAGGUUUGGCAAAUAACUUUUUUUGGUUUUUUAUAAAUUAUAUAAGUUAUAUAUAAAGUUAGUCUGCUCAUAAUUGAGAAGUGAUCAGCGUUUUUUUUCCAAAACCAAACACUGGGGUUUGGUGCUGCUGUUCAAAAACCCAGCCAUGAGCAGGAGGCAAAGGGUGUGUUGUGAGAGAGGCACCAUGAAGAACACACUGGGGAGCACAUCACGUCCAAGCGUUAGGCAUCAGUUUGAGAUUACUGCUCUAAGUUCAAACUCUUUAUUUCUAAUCAGUUAAGAUGCAGCUCAAACAAUGCAGUAAAAUCUAGGUUAACAAAAAGAUUUUGUAAAGAUACAAGUCAUCUAGAAUAAAAGUUAUGCCCAUUAUGCUCUCAUUAUGCUCCUUUUGUUGUGGUUUGUUGGUUGGUUGUUUUUUUCAGAAGAGGCCUCUCAGCACUUUUAAGGUUCUGUUGUGACUGGAUUAGAUCCUAUUCCUUGUUCUACCUUUCAGAUUCUGGACAACUUUGAGCACGCCCAAAUUCCCCAGAAUGUGGGGAAGCUCAUGAGACUCAAGUUCUUUAUGAGUCCUUUUGCCAUCUACGGCUUAAAAGCACUUGUCUAUCUUAUGUUUAUCUUCAUGUUUUGAAGAAGGUAUUAUUUUCACAUACUGUACUGAGGAUCAAUGUGACAUUUACUAGCAGGUUCUUUAAAAUGUGAAAAUAUUCACAGGGUAAAUGUGGUGGUGCAUACUGUGAGAGUCAUUUUUUUGUAUUUAUUCAAAUUUGACUAUCCAAGUUAAAUACUGUGCACCUGCAUCAUGUACCUUUGUUCAAUUUAUUCUGUUCAUAGCAAACUUUCAGAAUCUCAAGAGCAAGAAUGGAAAAAUAUCCCACCCUGGCAAGAAUUCUUGUAAAAUAAGGCUACAGCACUUAAACAAGGCUCUGCAGGGAAACUUGUACUGCUGCCACUCAUCCUAGGUGUGCCAGAGGAAGAGCAGAUUUCUGUUACUAGGACUGAACAAAUACAUAAGCUGAGUUUUAGUGGAGCAAGUGCUCUGCACCAGUAGAGUGAGAACAUCAAAACAAAGGGAGAAUUAAACAGCAGAACACAGUGGUACAGGUAACUGCUCUUUCUCAUUUUAUUAAAACCCAUGUGGAUGGAUGCUGCUUUCCUCCAGUUCCAAGCAGAAAAUGUGCUCCUGACCCGGGUGUCUCCCAAGUGCAGUGAGGGUACAUAAAACUACCACGACUGGAGGAGUUUUCCUGCUCUGUUACAUGUUCCAGUUAAUCAUCUCUCUACUUUGUCCUGCUUUUAUGUUAGCACCUUAUACUGACAGAGAACUUCAACCAUAAGGCAAUCCUGUAUUUGUUUGAAUAACUACCACAGGUUUAUAUAUAUAUUAAAUAUAUAAGAUAUAUAUAUAUAUAAAACUAGCAUAGGUUUAUACAGAUGUAUAUAUAUAAAAGAAAGGUGUGAUACUACACUUAGGAAAUGGAAUUAAGGACUGCAAGUCUAUAGGCAACACAGUGUAACAGCAGCCUCAGACUUCUUACCUUUGGAACUCUUGAGCAGAAGGUGCCAUGAGCUUAUCCAGUGUUUUUUCCAUAGAGGAAAAUGGUGAGUUGCUUAGUGCUAAUAUAUCUGAAGCUGAGCAUAGUGUGCAGCAGUAAAAAUGAUGGUCUGAAAACAGGUAACUUACUGGAUCCAAGGGAGCUUGCUCUCCACUGUUGUUAAUUCCUUACAAAAAACAGAGGACAAAUCCUACUACCCACAUUUGACAGAUUGUUUCCACUCUAAAAGCUCUCUUACCUAGCAGGAGGUCAAAGCUCAGAUUAGCAGAACUCUGUUCCUGAUAGAGAUGUAUUAAUUCUGUUGGUAGCUUCCUGUAAUCUUUUUCUAGAAGCCUCAAACCACAGAUGCUGAAAUUUAAGUAUUUCAACUAAAAAAAAAAAAUUCCCUCAAAUUGUGUUUGCACAGUUUGGUACCUUCCUGAUUUUAAAAGUGUUAUUGCCAGUUUCCUUUCAUAAUUAAUAUAUCAGGUAGGUGAUUAUUCAUAUGCCAGGAAAAAUACAAAGUCAGAAUUCUUGGUAAGUUUUAACCUGAAGAGAAGAGGCUACCACAGUAACAUCUUGUAUGUUGUCUCAUACCCUGUAUCUGGGGUGGUCAGGCUGUUGUCAUGAAAAUGGCAAUGUCACAUUUUUACUAUGAAAACUGCAAAUCUGAAGUAAGUGAAGGACCACGUUGGAAUUUUUUUUCAUUUCUUUUACACUUUCAGGUGGAUCUUACACAGUGUGGCACAUACAGUGCUUCAAGGAUAUUUAUUUCAUAACAAGUUCUUUGCUGUUAAACCUCUGGAGACAAUUUACACUUCUCUGGCAGUUGGAUGAAUAAGCAAACCUGAGUUUUCCACCUGCUUUAUAGUUACAGUACAUCAAACUUUAAACUGCAAAUUGGCAAGUAUUGUUCCUACCCUCAUUCUCUCAGCUAAAAUUUCAUAUUGAGAUUAUUUGUGUUCCACUCACUGUUAAUUAUUUUUUUUAAUGUAGUAGGAAAAAGUUUAUUAAGAGCUGUAUCUACAGUAGAACUAAGUUCUUUCCCGGUAAGUUAUUAGUAUCCUAUUUAUUCCUAUAAGAUUUUUUUUCCCUAUGGUAUAGAGUGUGGCAUGAGCAGUUCAAACUUCUAGAUGAUUGUCCAAAUAGUCAAGAAGAGGCUGAAAAAAAGAAAACCCCCACAAUAUUCCUUGUGUGCUGCUGAACUUGUGGCAGGGACAACAUGGAUACGAGUAGCUGCUGUUGUUACCCAGAUGUUGGAUACUGCAGUUCUUUCCAUACUGGUUUUGUAUUUUUCCAGCUGAAGGAAAAAAGUCUUUUAAAGUUACUGCAUAUUUUGUCAACUCUUUCAUUUUGACUCAGACCGUAUGAAGUACAUACAUAAAAGAAGUCUACAGAGAGAUAACUACACUAGUUUUCAGUGACAAGGUUUAUCUGUAUUUUAACAGUUAAACCCACUAUGUUAAUAAAACAAGACUUCUGAACAAUAA